AGCAGGAAUGCUGCAGCCAUUAUGUAUGGGACAAUUUUACUCAGCCCCUGCAGCUGAUACUGUUGUCCAACAGUUGCUUCCCAGUCCCGAGGCAGCCCCCCUUCCAGAACCACCUGAUCCAAAAAUGUGUUCUCCUCGAGAAUACUUAGAGUAUUACAUCUUUCCAGUGCUCUUACCCGGACUGGCUGAACUUCUACAUCAAGCAAAGAAGGAAAAGUGUUUUGAGAGAAAAAGGACGAAAUUUAUUGCCUGUGAUUUCCUAACUGAGUGGUUAUACAACCACAACCCAAAGAGGAAAGAUGAGUCAUUCACAGAAUUCUUUUCCAUUCCUUUUGUUAACGACUGGCUAAAGGACCAUCCUAGGCAACCAAUGCCUCUGUCUCUCCACCUAUCAGAAGAAGAAGCAAGCAUAAUAAUCCAGUCGUUUUGGAGAGGUUAUCGGGUCCGCUGUAAUAUGGAAGUACAAGAGCUACGUCAGUGGCAAAAACAGUUGAGAGAGGAAGAAAACAUUUCUCAAAGAGUGGAAGAAUUCUGGACUAAGCAGGAAGCCAAAGCUUCCAUGCAAGGAGGAGACCUUUAAAGUUCCUGCUAAAGCACUUGGAGGGGAAAUACUUUCCUGACCCGACACUGUCACAAACAAGAGUGCUCUUUUCCUACAUGUCUGGUCUACAUCCAUAGGAAACAUCAAAACCAGAGGAAAACAAUGAUGCGUAAAGAUGAAAACAAAGGUAAAGUGCCUGGAUAGCCAUUGGCUGGGAUGCCAAAGUUCUCGUGUCAAUUACAGUGAAUGAAAAGCAGUUUGUGUAGUACCAAAAUCCUUUGUCCAAUUGUGGGACUUCACCAGAACACAACCUACCCUACACAACACCAUCAGGCUAGUCACAUCACUGGUCACAUAAGCAUCCCUGUAUAUUUUCUGAUGUGUGUUAAACUUUCAGCAAUGGUUUAGAUCUCUUAAACAAACAGUUUGGCUCUGGCCCUUUCGGUAAUCACUCAAACAUUUUCAUUGCAAAUUUUCAUUACGUGUCACCAAACAGCUAUGACAAGGAAAGCAACCAUUACCUUGAAACCUGUCUCUGCGUAUUCUGUUCACAUGUUAAAGUCUUCAGGACAAAAACUGUCUUUGACCUUGCCUGUAUGCCACCUUGCAUUUUUUUCUCCAGUGUCACGAAAUAGCAAAGUCCUAUGCUAUUACUGGUAGCAUGAUUACUAUGCUAAAGGUAGUAUGAUUAGUAAUAAUUAUUUUGUUGCUGAAGAGACUGAACACUUUGUAACAUGGAGAACUUACUUGAUUUUUUUCUUGGGUUUUAAAAAAAAUACUUCAUAUAAAGUGUUGCUAGUAAUGACAAAAAUGUUAUUCACGUUAUUUGAAAAUAGAAGUUAUAUUUCCAGUGUUUUCCUUCUGCUUUUGGUGUUGUUCAUUUUUUCAAUGAAAAAAACAAGACUCAUUCUAACCAAACAUAUUUUCUGUAUUGUUUUUCCUUUACUAUUUUCUUAAUUGACUUCUUAACAAACAUUUUAAAAGUGAGCUAUAUGCAAUGUAAAAAAAAAAAAUGUAAUGAGCCUUGUUCUGAAUACCUGAAAAACAUCUCAUACAGAUUAUUUUCUUUGCUACUACAGAAAAAUUGUAAAU